CCAAUUUCUUUCCCCUUCCCAAAGUAAUCAGUUUCGGUUCAUGAUAUCUAUGCAACCCUAACCUCCCAAUAUCCGUGUCCCCCUCUUCUUCCCCAUAGUUUUCUUUUCUUUCUUCCACAUCAACAACGUGUUUCUCCUCUCCUGUUUAUUCGCCUACUUCUUCCCUCUCCAUAAACAAGCUGUAGUGAGAUAAUUCAGACUUACGUCCUCCUCCCCUGAUCUCAAACUAUCUCUGCUACGCGUCUGAUCUUCAAUUCAAUCCUUCUGAUCAAUCAAUGAUAUUCUCCAAGCUCAGCCGCUCCACACGCGGCUCCAAUCUCUCUAAGUGGCAGAAUAUAUCGCUCCGUGGUUACAGCAGAUCAGCCAUCACCGGCCUGCCGCGGGGAGGUUCGUUUGCCAAUCGUAUAGACGAUGGAGUGGGCAUUCUGAGGAGUUAUUUGACUUCUAUUGGGGCUGCCAAGAGCUCUGCUGCCAAAACUUCCGUCUCGAACCUCAACGCCAUCCUUGCAAACCCUAGACUCCGGCGGUUUUUCUCGAGUGAAGCUCCCAAGAAGAAGAGUUAUGAGAACUUCUAUCCCAAAGGAAAGAAGAAAGAACCGAAGGGAGAUGGGAAGAAAUCUGAGUCCAAAGAGAAUUCAAAUGCUGAUGAUGAAUCGAGCUUUCAGAAGAUGUUUACGAAACAGUUCAACAACUUACUGACCCCUUUGUUAGUCAUUGGGGUGCUUCUUUCUUCUUUUCCUUUUGGCUCGAAUGAGCACCAACAGAUCAGUUUCCAAGAGUUCAAAAACAAGCUUCUCGAGCCUGGUUUGGUGGAUCAUGUAGUUGUUUCCAACAAAUCAGUUGCAAAAGUUUAUGUGAAGAGUGCACCAUCAAACCAGACAGGUGGUGAAGAUGUCCAAGGUUCUACGACUGCCACUCCUAUUAGAGGACGUGGAGGACAAUAUAAAUACUAUUUCAAUAUUGGAAGUGUGGAUGCAUUUGAGGAGAAGCUGGAGGAAGCACAGGAGGCCUUGGGGAUAGACCCUCACGACUAUGUACCUGUUACAUAUUCCUCGGAGGUUGCUUGGUUCCAAGAAGUGUUGAGGUUUGCUCCGACGUUAUUGCUAUUGGGAACCAUCUUGUACAUGGGAAGGCGAAUGCAAGGUGGGAUAGGCCUUGGGGGUGGUGGUGGAAAAGGUGCACGUGGUAUAUUCAACAUAGGGAAAGCUCACAUCACCAAAGUGGAUAAAAAUGCUAAGAAUAAGGUCUAUUUUAAAGAUGUUGCUGGCUGUGAUGAGGCAAAGCAAGAAAUUAUGGAAUUUGUGCAUUUCCUUCAGAAUCCUAAAAAGUAUGAGGAGUUGGGAGCAAAGAUUCCAAAAGGUGCGCUUCUAGUUGGUCCUCCGGGGACUGGGAAGACUCUUCUAGCCAAGGCAACUGCUGGGGAAUCUGGGGUGCCAUUUUUGUCCAUUUCUGGCUCCGAUUUCAUGGAGAUGUUUGUUGGUGUUGGUCCAUCUAGAGUGAGGAAUUUGUUUCAAGAAGCGAGACAGUGUGCUCCAAGUAUCGUAUUCAUUGAUGAAAUCGAUGCGAUUGGCAGAGCAAGGGGACGUGGUGGCUUCAGUGGUGGCAAUGAUGAAAGGGAAAGUACCCUCAAUCAAUUGCUGGUAGAAAUGGAUGGCUUUGCUACUACUGCUGGAGUGGUUGUGCUUGCUGGCACUAACAGACCGGAUAUACUAGACAAAGCUCUUCUGAGGCCUGGAAGAUUUGACCGGCAAAUUUCCAUUGACAAGCCAGAUAUAAAAGGCCGUGAACAAAUAUUCCAGAUCUAUUUGAAGAAACUGAAGCUUGAUCAAGAACCGUCAUUUUACUCUGAAAGGCUUGCUGCCCUCACUCCUGGAUUUGCUGGAGCAGAUAUUGCAAAUGUUUGUAAUGAAGCUGCUCUAAUUGCUGCAAGGAAGGAACAAACAGUAAUCAAUAUGGAACACUUUGAGUCUGCAAUAGACAGAGUAAUUGGUGGUUUGGAGAAGAAGAACAGGGUAAUAAGCAAGCUGGAACGACGGACUGUUGCCUACCAUGAGUCAGGUCAUGCUGUAACCGGCUGGUUUUUGGAGCAUGCAGAGCCACUCUUGAAAGUGACGAUUGUUCCUCGUGGUACAGCUGCGCUUGGGUUUGCUCAGUAUGUUCCUAAUGAGAACCUUCUGAUGACCAAGGAGCAACUUUUCGAUAUAACUUGUAUGACCCUUGGUGGUCGAGCAGCAGAACAGGUAUUGUUGGGGAAAAUCUCAACAGGAGCCCAAAAUGACUUGGAGAAGGUGACAAAAAUGACGUACGCCCAAGUAGCGGUGUAUGGUUUCAGCGACAAGGUGGGACUUCUGUCUUUCCCACAAAGAGAGGAAUCAUUUGAGAUGAGCAAGCCGUACAGCAGCAAGACGGGGGCCAUUAUCGACGGGGAAGUACGAGAAUGGGUGGGCAAAGCAUAUGAACGCACAUUGCAAAUUGUAGAAGAGCACAAGGAGAAGGUUGCUGAGAUUGCUGAAUUGUUGCUGGACAAGGAAGUUCUCCACCAGGAGGACUUGGUCCGGGUCCUGGGGGAGAGACCAUUCAAGGCACUCGAAGCUACAAACUAUGAUAAAUUCAAGGAAGGUUUUAAACAUGAAGAAAAGCAGGGCGAGAACAGCACGACGAGUGUGGAGGAGGAAGACGAAUCGCCACCAAUAGAGGUGGUACCUGCCUGAACCUCUGAACGUCACUCUUGGUGUUUCUGUUUGUACAUCUCGACUGAUUGGAUUACUGCAUUGAGCCGUCUCUUUGCAUAGCCCCUCUUACUCCCUCUCCCCAGAGACGUUGUAAAAUUUGAUUAGUUGCGCAAUAAUUUAUGGAUGGUUGUUUUCAUGCGGUUUGUCUUUGCGAGGAAUGCAUUUCGUGUUGGCGCAAAGGAGAACUAUUUAUGAGAACGAAGUACCAUUGCUUGUUGUCUGGGCAUGAGGUGAUGGAUUAUGAAUUUUUUCGGAUGCCAACUCGUCAGAUGUUGAGGGUAGAUCGAAUGAAUUCGCCGGAAACGGUGAUUGAAUUUCACGAGCGUCGUAAUCUUUAUUUUGUGUUGUAUCUAUUGAGAGAAGAGAAUGAAUUGAUCUUGAAGGUUUAUGAGGACGAGACAAUACAUAAAUUCGAUUGGUUCCUUAGACACUUGGCUGACAUAA